AUGAUUCUUAGAUUUAAAUCUAGAGAUGGGAUGCACCGCGUUGAGUGCGUGGAAGCAGAAAAGUUCGGCCAAAUUUUGGAGAAGCUGCUCCCCAGACUUAGCCCGAACGUUGAUGUGAAUACUUUGAAGAUUGGCUUGCAGCCGACGGAAAUGGUAGCAGCCCGCAGUGUCCAUGAUAAAAGCGUGGCAGAACUGGGUUUUAAGCACGGAACGCUUGUUACUGUGACCUAUGAAGUGAAAGAGCAAGAACAAGCUCCACUUGGAGACAAGACAGAUUUGCCACAGGCUACUGUGAAAAUCACACCAGUAAAGGUUGCAGGUCCUCUAGAAGUUGAAGAGCUGCCUGUAGAUGACCUGCUGGAGAAAUUGGAUGGACUUAUACCCAGGAAGCGCUCUUAUUUAUGCAAGCAUGGCGAUAGAGGGAUGUGCGAGUAUUGCAGCCCUUUGCCACCCUGGGACCGUGAACAUCAAAAGGAGAAGAACAUUAAGCACAUUUCAUUCCACUCGCAUUUGAAGCAACUUAGUGAGCAAACCAACAAAAAAUCCAGCGGAGGCUCUUAUAUACCGCCACUUUCACAGCCAGACUUCCGGAUAAACAAGAAUUGUUCUGGUGGGCAUGAACCUUGGCCUCGUGGUAUUUGCUCCAAGUGCCAACCUUCUGCUAUCACCCUCAAACAACAGGAUUUCAGAAUGGUGGACCACGUAGAGUUCCAAAAAAGUGAACUUAUUAACAGUUUCAUAGAUAGCUGGAGAAAUACUGGCACGCAGCGUUUUGGAUAUAUCUAUGGUAACUACGCUGCAUACGAUGCAACACCGCUAGGAAUAAUUGCAAAAGCCGAAGCCAUUUACGAGCCCCCUCAACAUGACGAGCAAGACGGAUUGACAAUGGAUGUGGAAAUGGUAAGAAAGGAAAUGCAGAAUGUAGAUGAACUUGCUAAGCAAAUGGGUCUCAUACGUAUAGGAAUGAUCUUUACAGAUUUGACCGAUGCUGGAAAUGGAGACGGUUCAGUAUUUUGCAAGCGUCACAAAGACUCAUUUUUUCUGUCAUCGUUAGAAGUCAUAAUGGCUGCCGACCACCAACUAAAGCAUCCUAAUGUUUCCAGGUUUAGCGAGCAAGGCGUUUUCUCUUCCAAGUUCGUGACCUGUGUCGUCUCAGGGAAUGUCAAGGGGGAGAUUGACAUUUCUACGUAUCAAGUUUCCACGGAUGCUGAAGCCUUGGUUCAGGCAGAUAUGAUAACUGCGUCAACUCAUCCAUCUAUGUCAUAUAUCAACGAGACGAACAAGGACCGGUAUGUCCCGGAGCUUUUUUACAUGCGAACCAACGAAUAUGGGCUUCUCGUCAAAGAGAACGCCAAACCUGCAUUCCCCGUCGAUUAUCUGCUAGUGUCAUUGACGCACGGCUUCCCAACUGAAGAAGCUCCUUCACGGCCCAUGUUUGCCAGCGCUACCGGAUUUCCUUGGACAAAUCGGCAGAUCUUGGGGCAAUCUCAAGACUACAUGCAACUGAAGAAGUAUCUAUUUGAGGCUGCUACAUCAGGAGAUUUUGAGCUUUUGCAAAAAAAACUCUCGAACUUUCACUUGUUGUUGUAUAUUAACUCGCUACAGAUACUGAGUCCUAAAGAAUGGCAGCUAAUAUGCUCAGCCAUAAAAACUGGGGAUCAAAGCUCUCUGUAUCAGCUUGUUGACUCGCCGGAAUGGCAAACAUUAAUUAUGAUUCUUCAAGAGUCCGUCUAG